AUAUAUAGGGUAAUUAAGUUACAAGCCCCGCCCUCUUUUAGUUGCAUACUCAGCUAGCUAGCUAUUGUAGCUAACGACAUUUCCAAUUCCCGUCCUGAUCCAGCUGACAAGACAAGAUUUAUAGAGUCCUGCCAUCUUCAUAGUUCCAGUCUAAGUAUUAAAUGGCUGAGAGAAAGAAAGCUCGUCCCCAGCCGCUCAAGAUAGGUGGGGCAGUGCCGGUAGCCGAGGCAACGGACAGUCCUGAUGGCGGAGGCAAGUUCUCAGUGGAUACCACAGAGCGAGACCUUGAUGCUAUAGAGAAGUCAAUAAGUAGCCUGGAGCUCAGUGAGGAACAGAAGGGGAACAUGAGCUCCUUCCUCGAGGACAAGAGAGCUAUUAUCAGAUUCGGGGAUUUGAAAGAACAUGACUUCGAGAGGAUCACGGAGCUUGGCUCUGGUAAUGGGGGUGUGGUCUUGAAGGUCAAGCACACGCCCUCCGGUAUCACCAUGGCGAGAAAGAUUAUAAUGCUCGACAUAAAGCCGGCCAUCCGUAACCAGAUCAUGAGGGAGCUGAAGGUUCUGCAUGACUGCACCUCACCGUAUAUCGUCGGCUUUUUUGGCAACUUCUGUAUCAACAAUGAAAUCUCUAUUUGUAUGCAGCACAUGGAUGGUGGUAGUUUAGACCUCAUCAUGAAUGGUGGGAGAAUACCAGUGAAUGUCAUUCUCAAGAUUACACUAGCCGUAUUGAAUGGACUCAAUUACUUGCGUGAGGCUCAUAGGAUAAUCCACCGAGAUGUGAAGCCCUCCAACAUCCUAGUCAACUCCCGUGGUGAGAUAAAGUUGUGUGACUUCGGUGUGAGUGGUAACCUCAUCAACUCAAUGGCUAACAGCUUUGUGGGCACAAGGUCCUAUAUGGCGCCUGAGCGUCUCCAAGGCAAUGAGUAUUCGAUCUUGUCGGACCUCUGGAGUCUCGGAAUGUCCCUUGUUGAGAUGGCGCUCGGUCGUUACCCCAUACCACAGCCCCCCAGUGAAGAAAUCGCCAUGGAGAUGAAGCAGCCCCCAGCAGGGACCCUACCCCCUCGGCCAAACGAAAAUCCGUUUGCAUCACAUGCACAUGCCAUUCGAAUGCCCAUAUUUGAGCUGCUUCAGAUAAUCUUCUCAAGUGACCCGCCCACUUUACCCAAACAGUAUUUUGACGAAUCAUUCAGAGAUUUUGUCAGUUUAUGCUUACAGAAGGAGGCCAAAGACAGGGGAGAGAUGAAGGUCCUCUUGGAACACCCUUUCAUUAAAUCUGGAGCUAUCUCGUCACCUGACUUUGCCGUCUGGGUUCAAAGGACAAUCGAAGCAAACAUUUUCUACGAAAGCCUUAGCUCUCAAUAAUAGUUUAUUUAUUUUUGAGACAAUGAUAUCAGCAUAAUGUGUAUACCCUCAGAGACAUGCGCUAAUUGUGUAUGUACUAAACUAUAGAAUAAAAUGGAUAAUUGAUCACUUUA